AUGUCCAGGAUUCUGUUAUUGUUACUUUUGCUCUUCAUUCCGUUUUUUCCUCUUUUUUUCUUUUUCUUUUUCAAUUUUUCUUCAAUUUUAUUUCCCUCUUCUUCUUUUUCUUUACUUCAUCCCUUUUCUUCUUCUUUCCUUUCUUCUUCAUUUCAUUUUCUUCUUUUCUUAAAUUCUUCCUCCUCGUUUUCUUUUUUUUUAUUUUCUUUCUUCUUUGCCUUUUUUCUCUUUUUCCUUUUUUCUUCUUUUCACUUUUUUUUUAUCUUUCUAUUUUUUCUUCUUCCUCUCCUUAUUUUCAUCAUACUAUUUUUUCCCGGUUUUCUUCAUAUCUUUUCUCUCUUUUUUUCUUCUUCUUCUUUUCUUUUUAAUUUGUCUUCUGUUUUUAUCGUCGUUCUUUCUUUUUUUUUUCUUCUUUUCUCUCUUUCCUUCCUUUUUCUUCUCUUCGUCUCUUAUUUCUUCGCCCUCAUCUUUUCUCCUUUUUCUAACAUUUUUUAUUCUUUUCUUUUUUCGUCCUGUUCUUCUCUUUUUAAUGUUGAAAGUUUCUUUUUCCUUCUUUCUUUCUAUCCUUCUUUUCCUGUCAUCCAUUCUCCUCCUUAUUCUAAUGCCCACUUGUCCAAUAUUCUUUCUCGCUUUCUUUUAUUUAUCUAUUUUAUAUCAAUCUCCUUCAAUCAUUGCUCUUCAAUUCUUCCCUUGUCUUUGAUUUUUUUUUUCUGGUAUUCUUCCUGUGAAGAAACUGCAAUCCAAUCGCUUCUUCUUCAGUCCACCUGA